UCCCAGAAAGCCUUAAUCCUUGGGCACGUCCACCAAAGGAUUUGCUAGAGCUUCUCAUUCAGACAGACAGAACUUGGCAGAAGACCAAAGGGUACCUUCUGAUCUCUCAGAGGCUUCCAGAGAGCACAGAUGGAUGAGCAAGACUCAGCUGGCCUUGGAGCAGGAAGAGGCCAUGCCGUCAAAACUGGGAGCAGUGGGGGAUUCUGGGAAAACUCUGUGCAGAAGAUCCUGGGUGAGGAGGACGCCCUCCGCUCAGAGGUGCAGAGCCAGCAGUUGAGGCAGUUCUGCUGCCAGGAGGCCAAAGGACCCCGAGAGGUUUGCAGCCGACUCUACCACUUUUGCCACCAGUGGCUGAAGCCAGAAAGGCACACGAAAGCUGAGAUGCUGGACCUGGUGAUCUUGGAGCAGUUCCUGGCUGUCCUUCCCCCGGAGAUGGAGAGCUGGGUGAGGGAAUGCGGAGCGGAGACCAGUUCCCAGGCGGUGGCCCUGGCCGAAGGUUUCCUCCUGAGUCAGGCAGAGGAGAGAAAGCAGGUGAGAGAGACUUUCCUCUGGAUACUCCCAAGGGGCUCCAAACAGGACGGAGAACAUCCCAUAAUGCUCUAAUG